AGAAGUUGCAUCCCCCCUUAGGGAUGAAGGGGCAAGGAAUGUGUACGCAUUGCUGGCUUCUCUUUCAUUGAAGGAGUUAAGGGAUGCAGCCCACACCUCUGCCUUGGGAGGUAAACUUUAGCUCUUGGUUUGUGGCAGCCAAUGCUGGUUUGCCUGCUCGUGCUGGGAGACUCUCAGGUGACAAGCCCUCAGGUACACUGUACUAUGAUUUCAUAGGGGUGGAGCAAUGUGCUGUACAGGUGUCUGCCUGAGCUAGGUUACUAGUAUAGACACAGCUGAUCGGUUCCAGGGAGAGCUGACUCAUUCCAUUGCUGGAUCUGGGGUCUGUCACAAUAAAACUGGGGCAAACAAGCAAAAGAAAUCAAAUGACACACCAUGGAAGCCAAGGAAGGCAAUGGAAAGGAUACAUCUACAGUAUUACCAAAGAGAAGGAAUCUGACCUUCCUGAAAAGUAGAUUGUACAUGUUAGAAAGGAGAAAAACUGACACCAUUGUGGAGCCCAGUAAUAAUGUGGAUUGUGGGAUCUCAGGCACCUUGCGCAGGAGUCAGUCUGACAGGACAGAGUAUAAUCAGAAGCUAAAAGAAAAAAUGGCCCCAAAUGUUUCAUCAUCAGCUCCAGUAUCCCCAACGCAAUCUUCAGAGGAGCUGCAACAGAGGAAGAUUAUCAAAAGGACUAAGAUUAUAGGUGAGCUGAUCCAGACAGAGAAGGACUAUCUGAAUGACUUGGAGCUCUGCAUCAGAGAAGUAGUAACACCUCUUAGAAGCAAUCAUAGUGAGCAGAUUGAUGUGGAUGCCUUGUUCAGCAACAUUGAAUCUGUUUGUCAGAUUUCAGCUAAGCUGGUGUCACUGCUUGAAGAUGCCACUACAAAUGUGGAACCUGAACUUCAAGUGAUAGGGGAAGUAUUCUUGGAGAUUAAGUGCCCAAUGGAAGAUGUAUAUAAAAUCUACUGCUACCAAAAUGAUGAAGCUCACACUGUGCUGGAGUCAUAUGAAAAGGAUCCUGAAAUAAAGGAGCAUUUGAAACAUUGUACACAGGCCUUGAAAAAGAUUUAUGAAGAUCAGGGCAAACCAAACCUGUUGGACAUGGGAUCUCUCAUGAUUAAGCCAAUUCAGCGUGUGAUGAAAUACCCACUGUUGCUAUGUGAACUGCUGAAUGCCACUCCUCAGUGUCACCCGGACUAUAAACCACUUCAAGAUGCAUUUACGUCAGUCAGAACCACCAAUAUGAACAUCAAUGAACUGAAAAGAAGGAAGGAUCUAGUGCUGAAGUACAGGAGGGCAGAUGAAGAAGAAUCUCUGAAAGACAAGCUUUCCAAGCUCAGUAUUCACUCCAUAACUAAAAAAUCCAAACGAGUAACCAGCCAUCUGAAGAUUCUGACUGGCGGAGAGCAGGUGAAAGACCAAAUAUUUAACAAGGAAGAAAAAAUAUUUAGAAGUUUGGAAAAGACUGUGAGAUUGUGUGUGAAGAACAUUUCCUUUACCCUUCAACAUAUGCAGGACGUGAUGCCCCUGGCUGCGCAAGGUGUUAUGGAGAUGCAUCGCAUUCUACAUGAUGAUAACCACAAUAGCAACAAAAACCUGAAUAACCACAACAAAAUUGGAGAACAGUACGGGAACUUUGUUAACAGACUAGAACAACUUGUCUAUAUGCCUCUGAGCACACUUCAUGCUAUGUUUCCCAUGCCCCAGAAGCUAAUUCAGAAGCGCUAUGACAAACUUUUGGACUACCACAGUUGUCUACAAAAGCCACCUGAUGGUGUGCUGGAUCAGGCACGAAAAGACUAUGAGGCUCUAAACGCUCAGCUGGUGGAAGAGCUGCAAACCUUUAACAAGGCCGCCCGUAAAAUCCUCUCCAAUUGUUUGUACUUCUUCAUCACUCUUAUGAGGGAGCUUUUGUCUGCUGCAUUGGAGUCAGCUUCAAACAUUGCCGACGAUUUUAUCAUCUGUGGAAAUGUAAAUAAUGUCCAGCAGCACAUCAUUGAAGAACUGCAGAAUCUCAAUUUUUGUAAGGAAAACAGCACUGCCACGUUUAUUGAGAGAAAGCUGAGCUUUGAGAGGAAGAAAACUCUUUCCCCUUUGCCUGAACUCCCUCGGCAAUCUGAAAGCCACAGGAGCAAGCUAUUGUCUACUUAUGGUGCGGAAAAACUUUAUCAGGCAAAGCGCAAGUGUAAUGCUUCCCAGGAGCUUGAUAUAGAUCUCUAUGAGGGAGAGAUGGUGGCCCUUGUUGAGGACAAGGAUCCCUUUGGCAGUACCAGCAGGUGGCUUGUGGACACAGGAAUUGUACAAGGAUAUGUCUAUUCCUCCUUCCUGAAACCACAUCAUCCAGGAAAAAUGCAAAAGGACUCACCCGACAGCGCAUUCUGUGAUGAUGAUUUUGAUAACUUCAGCCUUUUUGUCUCGCCACGGCCACCCCGGGACAGAAAUAGCAGAGCUUCUGUGGGGAGUACAAGUGAAAGUAAUCCCUCCAUUAAUGGGGAUGCUGACAUGCUUCAUGAAUGUGAUGGGGACAGUUCACUCAAUGGAGAUGAUUAUGAAAUUUUCUAUGCUGUGUAUGCUUUUGAGGCUCGGAGCCAACAGGAGCUCAGCCUUCAAGAGAAUCAACGAGUCAGGAUCCUUCAAUUCUCAGAUCAGAGUGGCAACAAGGAAUGGUGGCUUGGAGAAGCGCAUGGCCAGAAAGGUUAUGUGCCAGCUAACUACUUAGGCAAGAUGACAUACGCUUAAGAACAUUUCAUUUAGCGAGGACUACAAGGGGAUGGAUAAUGAAGGGUUUUGUGGGAAACAUGAAGGUCUUGCUAAGUAUUUUUCUACUGCAACAUGGCCUACCUCUCUCUGGGAUGUCCAACAUGUGACCCUCCUGCUGUUGUCAAGCUAUAGCUCCAAAAACCCUUCUGCUGAGGAAUGCUGGGAGUUGUUCAACAACAAGAGGGUUAUCCCCGAUCACAGACCAUCAUGUUUACCAUAACUUGUUAGAUCUUUCAGGAAGGAUUCUCUUUUGUAUAAGUUAUUUUUAUUUAAUGCACUUAAUUGUUUUUUUACGUUAUUAGAAUGAAUGUGAAUGAAUGCAUAUGCCGCUUAUAGGUGCAUCAUGCAAACCUGCACACAGGGCCCAUGUUUUACUCUCCGUUAGUAUUCCAUAAAGCUGCUACACAUAUCAUAUUCAGAAGCAGCUGACAUAUUUGAACCUACUGUCCAACACUCAUUUUAGCUCAUUUUUAUAAAAUGCACUUUUCUACUUUAGCUGACAUGCCUUGCAUUUCUGUCUAGGCCUCUAGUAAUGGGAACAGGUUCAGGGCUUCUCAGCAAAGCACACAAAUAAAACAGGGAAGGGGUCCUUCUUACUGGGAUUUUUGAACCAAGAAACUCAGAACUAUUAGCUGUGCAAUAUAUAUGUUUUCUAUCAACAAGGCAAAAUGAGGGCAUUGUGAUUUUCUUAUGGCUGUUCCUUGCCAUUAGCAGUUAGUUUGGUUUGGAACAAUGAUGUCUGACCAUCACCUCAUGCAGUAGGUUAAGGUUAACACUCCCAAAUAAUUCUGUUGUGUAAGAAAGACUUAGAGAGUUUUGGCAAAAGAGGAUUUUGAUAGAGAAUGUGAACUACAGCUUCUACUGGUACAGUAAGGCUGCCUCUGCAAGCACCCAAUGUCACUAUUUAUAAUUACUAGGAAGUUAAAGGGACACAAAAUAUUUUCUAUCACAGAAAUUACAUGGUUUUCCUACUGAGAGAUUUCCAUAGUUUCUGGUGUUUAAAUGAUUAAACAGUGAUGUUAUUGUUCCCUAAGCCGGCAAUCUAAUCAGUCUAAUACUGGGGCACACUGUGUAGCCAAUACUAAAGUGACACAUUUGGAGCCCUUACUAUUGUAGCAGGACACAGACAGGUUAACUGUACAGCUGGUUUCCUGAAAAAACACCAGCUCAGGUGGUAGAAGAAAGGACAGGCAAGUAUGUACCUACGACACUUUAGAAAUAUAAAACAAAGAGCAAAGUGAACUCAGGAGCACAUGUGCUCCAGACAGACAGUAUAAAUCACCACUGCAAAGCAUAUAUACAGAGAUAAAGGCAGAUUUGUGCAAAAUACUAUCAUUAUGCCAAGCAGCUUUAGCCAAUUAGAGCUGCUGUCAGGUGGUGUCAUAUUUUGAGCAUUUCUCAUUCUUUCUAUUAGGGAACGAAUAACAGGUUUAGCAGAUGGUACAU